UUCCCUCAUAACAUGGAUGUCAUGGGGUUCUAAUUAUCCACAGGCAGGUUGCCUUCUUUACAACUGAGCUUUUCCUCUCUAUUGUGUAAUAAGGUCUGAGGGUCACUUCCUGCUUGGAGAAUGAGAACAGAAGCUGGAUCUAAUAGCAGUUACCCUUAGCUUCAUAUCACCUAGGCUUGUUGGCUUUGCUCACAUUGUCUACUUUCUCUGACCUAGAAGUCUUGAGAGUUCAGUUCAGCCACUGAUGCUCCUUAGUUGGAGUAAGGCAUGUCAUGUAGAUGAUGGACCUGUGCCCACAGUAUGCUUGGAACCUAGAGAGAAAGAGGAAGCAGAUGAAGUGGAACACUCAGGACUUCUACAGCUCCAGAACAAAGCUGAUAUUAUCCCUGGUAACGGCAGGAAGCCAAAAACAGAAAGUCAUUUUUCCUACAUUCAUUCAGGAAUGGAAAUAAGACCUACGGAUUAUGUUCCUAAUUUCAUCACUCUCUUGCUACAUGGCUUGAACAAGUCAUUCAACUCUGAAUUGGUUCUUGAUUACAACAGAAUGAAUUUAAUCAUGCCUGACUAAUUCUGAACAAUUAUUAUAAAUAAUUAGAACUAUUUAUGCGUUUAAACAAGAAAUAAGAAUAGUAAGGGAUUGGUCUCUCUUUUUCCUCCCUUUAGGUUACUCAAACUUGCAAAAAAAAAAAAAACAAAAUGCCUAAACUCCUACAAGGCAUCGUCACCGUCAUCGAUGUUUUCUACCAAUAUGCCACCCAGCAUGGGGAGUAUGAUAUGUUGAACAAGGCAGAGCUGAAAGAACUUCUGGAAAGGGAGUUUCAUCAAAUUCUGAAGAAUCCAAAUGAUCCAGAUACCGUGGAUAUCAUCUUGCAAAGUCUGGAUCAAGACCAUAACAAGAAAGUGGAUUUUACUGAGUAUCUUCUGAUGAUAUUCAAGCUGGUUCAGGCUCAUAAUAAAACCAUUGGCAAAGAUUACUGCCAAGCUUCAGGGUCAAAGCUGAGCGAUGGCAUUCACCAGCACCAAGAGGAACAAGAGGAAACUGAAAAAGAGGACGACAAACGGCAAGAAUCCUCUUUUAGUCAUUCAAGUUGGAGUGCAGGAGAGAAUGAUUCCUAUUCCAGGAACGUCAGAGAAAGUAUUAAACAUAGCACUGAAUCCAUAUCCAGAAGACUGAGUUUUCAAAGAGACUUUUCUGGCCAACAUAACUCCUGCUCAGGUCAGUCUUCCAGCUAUGGUGAGCAAAACUCCAGCUCCCAUCAGACUUCGGACCGCGGCCAACAUGGGUCUGGGACAGGGCAGUCUCCCAGCUAUGGCCGACAUGGGUCCGGCUCCGGAAGGUCUUCCAACAGUGGCCCACAUGGGUCUGGCUCAGGUCAGUCCUCUGGCUUUGGUCAACACGAGUCUAGCUCAGGGCAGUCCUCUGGGUACAGUCAGCAUGGAUCUGGCUCAGGUCACUCCUCCGGCUACGGACAACACGGCUCUAGGUCAGGACAGUCAUCUAGGGGCGAACAACAUGGAUCUAGCUCAGGUUCGUCUUCCAGCUAUGGUCAGCAUGGGUCUGGCUCCCAUCAGUCUUCGGGUCACGGUCAACAAGGGUCUGGAUCUGGCCAGUCCCCUAGCCACGGCCAACAUGGGUCCGGUUCGGGGCACUCCAGCCAUGGCCAACCCAGGUCCGGCUCAAGUUGUUCUUCCAGCCGUGGCCAUUAUGAGUCUGGCUCAGGCCAGGCUUCUGGCUUUGGGCAACACGAGUCUGGCUCAGGACAGUCCUCUGGCUAUAGUCAGCAUGGUUCUAGCUCAGGUCACUCCUCUAGCCAGGGACGACAUGGAUCUACGUCAGGGCAAUCAUCAAGCUCCGGCCAACAUGGCUCUAGCUCAGGUCAAUCUUCCCACUAUGGUCAUCAUGAGUCUGGCUCCCAUCAGUCUUUGGGCCGCAGCCGACACACGUCUGGAUCUUGCCAGUCUCCAGGCCAUGGCCAGCAUGGGUCUGGGUCAGGCUCAAGAAAGUCUUCUAGCAGUAGCUUACAUGGGUCUGGAUCAGGCCAGUCUUCUGGCUUUGGUCAACACGAGUCUGGCUCAGGGCAGUCCUCUGGUUACGGUCAGCAUGGAUCUGGCUCAGGUCACUCCUCCGGCUAUGGACAACACAGCUCUAGGUCAGGACAGUCAUCUAGGGGCGAACGACACGGAUCUAGCUCAGGUUCGUCUUCCAGCUAUGGUCAGCAUGGGUCUGGCUCCCGUCAGUCUUCGGGCCAUGACCAACAAGGGUCUGGAUCUGGCCAGUCUCCUAGCCCUAGCCGUGGCCGACGUGGGUCUGGUUCCAGGCAGUCUUCUAGCUAUGGCCCACAUGGGUCUGGCUCAGGGUGGUCUUCCAGCCGUGGCCCAUAUAAGUCUGGCUUAGGUCACUCUUCUGGCUUAGGUGAACAACAGUCUCGCUCAGGACAGUCCUCUGGCUACGGUCAACAUGGAUCUAGCUCGGGUCAUUCCUCUACCCAUGGGCAACAUGGUUCUACAUCAGGACAGUCAUCGAGCUGUAGCCAACAUGGAGCUACCUCAGGUCAGUCUUCCAGCCAUGGUCAGCAUGGCUCUGGCUCAAGUCAGUCUUCUGGCUAUGGCCGACAGGGCUCUGGAUCAGGUCAUUCUCCUAGUCGUGGCCAACACGGGUCUGGUUCCGGGCACUCUUCCAGCUAUGGCCAACAUGGAUCUGGCUCCGUUUGGUCUUCCAGAAAUGGCCCACAUGGGUCUGGCUCAGGCCAGUCUUCUGGCUUUGGUCAACACGAGUCUAGCUCAGGGCAUUCCACUGGUUACAGUCAGCACGGAUCUGGCUCAGGUCACUCCUCUGGCUAUGGACAACACAGCUCUAGGUCAGGACAGUCAUCUAGGGGCGAACAACAUGGAUCUAGCUCAGGUUCGUCUUCCAGCUAUGGUCAGCAUGGGUCUGGCUCCCAUCAGUCUUCGGGUCAUGGCCGACAAGGGUCUAGAUCUGGCCAGUCCCCUAGCCACGGCCGACAUGGGUCCGGUUCGGGGCACUCCUCCAGCCAUGGCCAACACGGGUCCGGCUCAAGUUGUUCUUCCAGCCGUGGCCAUUAUGAGUCUGGCUCAGGCCAGGCUUCUGGCUUUGGGCAACAUGAGUCUGGCUCAGGCCAGUCCUCUGGCUAUAGUCAGCAUGGUUCUAGCUCAGGUCAAUCCUCUAGCCAGGGACGACAUGGAUCUACAUCAGGGCAGUCAUCAAGCUCCGGCCAACAUGGCUCUAGCUCAGGUCAAUCUUCCAGCUGUGGUCAGCAUGAGUCUGGCUCCCAUCAGUCUUUGGGUCGCGGCCGACACGGGUCUGGAUCUGGCCAGUCACCAGGCCGCGGCCAGCGUGGGUCUGGGUCAGGGCAGUCUCCCAGCUACGGCCAACAUGGGUCUGGCUCCGGAAGGUCUUCCAGCAGCGGCCCACAUGGGUCUGGCUCAGGCCAGUCUUCUGGCUUUGGUCAACAUGAGUCUAGCUCCGGGCAGUCCUCUGGUUACAGUCAGCAUGAAUCUGGCUCAGGUCACUCCUCUGGCUAUGGACAACACGGCUCUAGGUCAGGACCAUCAUCUAGGGGUGAACGACACGGAUCGAGCUCAGGUUCGUCUUCCAGCUAUGGUCAGCAUGGGUCUGGCUCCCAUCAGUCUUCGAGCCAUGACCGACAAGGGUCUGGAUCUGGCCAGUCUCCUAGCCCUAGCCGUGGCCGACAUGGGUCUGGUUCCGGGCAGUCUUCCAGCUAUGGCCCACGUGGGUCUGGCUCAGGGCAGUCUUCCAGCCGUGGCCCAUAUGAGUCUGGUUCAGGUCACUCUUCUGGCUUAGGUCAAGAGUCUCGCUCAGGACAGUCCUCUGGCUACAGUCAACACGGAUCUAGCUCAGGUCACUCCUCUACCCAUGGGCAACAUGGUUCUACAUCAGGACAGUCAUCGAGCUGUGGCCAACAUGGAGCUAGCUCAGGGCAGUCUUCCAGCCACGGUCAGCAUGGCUCUGGCUCAAGUCAGUCUUCUGGCUAUGGCCGACAGGGCUCUGGAUCGGGUCACUCUCCUAGUCGCGGUCGACAUGGGUCCAGUUCUGGGCACUCUUCCAGCUAUGGCCAACAUGGGUAUGGCUCUGGUUGGUCUUCCAGAAAUGGCCCACAUGGGUCUGGCUCAGGCCAGUCUUCUGGCUUUGGUCAACACGAGUCUAGCUCGGGGCAGUCUUCUGGUUACAGUCAGCAUGGAUCUAGCUCAGGUCACUCCUCCGGCUAUGGACAACACGGCUCUAGGUCAGGACAGUCAUCUAGGGGUAAACAACACAGAUCUAGCUCAGGUUCCUCUUCCAGCUAUGAUCAGCAUGGGUCUGGCUCCCGUCAGUCUUCGGGCCACAGCCAACAAGGGUCUGGAUCUGGCCAGUCUCCUAGCCCUAGCCGUGGCCGACAUGGGUCUAGUUCCCGGCAGUCUUCCAGCUAUGGCCCACGUGGGUCUGGCUCAGGGCAGUCUUCCAGCCGUGGCCCAUAUGAGUCUGGUUCAGGUCACUCUUCUGGCUUAGGUCAACAAGAGUCUCACUCAGGAGAGUCCUCUGGCUACAGUCAACACGGAUCUAGCUCGGGUCAUUCCUCUACCCAUGGGCAACAUGGUUCUACAUCAGGACAGUCAUCGAGCUGUGGCCAACAUGGAGCUAGUUCAGGUCAGUCUUCCAGCCAUGGUCAGCAUGGCUCUGGCUCAAGUCAGUCUUCUGGCUAUGGCCGACAGGGCUCUGGAUCGGGUCACUCUCCUAGUCGCAGUCGACAUGGGUCCGGUUCUGGGCACUCUUCCAGCUACGGUCAACAUGGGUCUGGCACCGGUUGGUCUUCCAGAAAUGGCCCACAUGGGUCUGGCUCAGGCCAGUCUUCUGGCUUUGGUCAACACGAGUCUAGCUCAGGGCAGUCCUCUGGUUACAGUCAGCAUGGAUCUGGCUCAGGUCACUCCUCCAGCUAUGGACAACAUGGCUCUAGGUCAGGACAGUCAUCUAGGGGCGAACAACAUGGAUCUAGCUCAGGUUCGUCUUCCAGCUAUGGUCAGCAUGGGUCUGGCUCCCAUCAGUCUUCGGGUCACGGCCGACAAGGGUCUGGAUCUGGCCAGUCCCCUAGCCACGGCCGACAUGGGUCCGGUUCGGGGCACUCCUCCAGCCAUGGCCAACACGGGUCCGGCUCAAGUUGUUCUUCCAGCCGUGGCCAUUAUGAGUCUGGCUCAGGCCAGGCUUCUGGCUUUGGGCAACAUGAGUCUGGCUCAGGCCAGUCCUCUGGCUAUAGUCAGCAUGGUUCUAGCUCAGGUCACUCCUCUAGCCAGGGACGACAUGGAUCUACAUCAGGGCAGUCAUCAAGCUCCGGCCAACAUGGCUCUAGCUCAGGUCAAUCUUCCAGCUGUGGUCAGCAUGAGUCUGGCUCCCAUCAGUCUUUGGGCCGCGGCCGACACGGGUCUGGAUCUGGCCAGUCACCAGGCCACGGCCAGCAUGGGUCUGGGUCAGGGCAGUCUCCCAGCUACGGCCAACAUGGGUCUGGCUCCGGAAGGUCUUCCAGCAGCGGCCCACAUGGGUCUGGCUCAGGCCAGUCUUCUGGCUUUGGCCAACAUGAGUCUAGCUCCGGGCAGUCCUCUGGUUACAGUCAGCAUGAAUCUGGCUCAGGUCACUCCUCCGGCUAUGGACAACACAGCUCUAGGUCAGGAUCAUCAUCUAGGGGUGAACGACACGGAUCGAGCUCAGGUUCGUCUUCCAGCUAUGGUCAGCAUGGGUCUGGCUCCCAUCAGUCUUCGGGCCAUGACCGACAAGGGUCUGGAUCUGGCCAGUCUCCUAGCCCUAGCCGUGGCCGACAUGGGUCUGGUUCCGGGCAGUCUUCCAGCUAUGGCCCACGUGGGUCUGGCUCAGGGCAGUCUUCCAGCCGUGGCCCAUAUGAGUCUGGUUCAGGUCACUCUUCUGGCUUAGGUCAACAAGAGUCUCACUCAGGAGAGUCCUCUGGCUACAGUCAACACGGAUCUAGCUCGGGUCAUUCCUCUACCCAUGGGCAACAUGGUUCUACAUCAGGACAGUCAUCGAGCUGUGGCCAACAUGGAGCUAGUUCAGGUCAGUCUUCCAGCCACGGUCAGCAUGGCUCUGGCUCAAGUCAGUCUUCUGGCUAUGGCCGACAGGGCUCUGGAUCGGGUCACUCUCCUAGUCGCAGUCGACAUGGGUCCGGUUCUGGGCACUCUUCCAGCUACGGCCAACAUGGGUCUGGCACCAGUUGGUCUUCCAGAAAUGGCCCACAUGGGUCUGGCUCAGGCCAGUCUUCUGGCUUUGGUCAACACGAGUCUAGCUCAGGGCAGUCCUCUGGUUACAGUCAGCAUGGAUCUGGCUCAGGUCACUCCUCCAGCUAUGGACAACAUGGCUCUAGCUCAGGACAGUCAUCUAGGGGCGAACGACACAGAUCUAGCUCAGGUUCAUCUUCCAGCUAUGGUCAGCAUGGGUCUGGCUCCCAUCAGUCUUCGGGUCACGGCCAACAAGGGUCUGGAUCUGGCCUGUCCCCUAGCCGCGGCCGACAUGGGUCUGGUUCAGUGCACUCCUCCAGCCAUGGCCAGUACGGGUCUGGCUCAAAUUGUUCUUCCAGCUGUGGCCAUUAUGAGUCUGGCUCAGGCCAGGCUUCUGGCUUUGGGCAACACGAGUCUGGCUCAGGACAGUCCUCUGGCUAUAGUCAGCAUGGUUCUAGCUCAGGUCACUCCUCCAGCCAGGGACGACAUGGAUCUACGUCAGGGCAAUCAUCAAGCUCCGGCCAACAUGGCUCUAGCUCAGGUCAAUCGUCUCGCUAUGGUCAUCAUGAGUCUGGCUCCCAUCAGUCUUUGGGCCGCAGCCGACACACGUCUGGAUCUUGCCAGUCUCCAGGCCAUGGCCAGCAUGGGUCUGGGUCAGGCUCAAGAAAGUCUUCUAGCAGUAGCUUACAUGGGUCUGGCUCAGGCCAGUCUUCUGGCUUUGGUCAACACGAGUCUAGCUCAGGGCAUUCCACUGGUUACAGUCAGCACGGAUCUGGCUCAGGUCACUCCUCCGGCUACGGACAACACGGCUCUAGGUCAGGACAGUCAUCUAGGGGCGAACAACAUGGAUCUAGCUCAGGUUCAUCUUCCAGCUAUGGUCAGCAUGGGUCUGGCUCCCAUCAGUCUUCGGGUCACGGCCGACAAGGGUCUGGAUCUGGCCAGUCCCCUAGCCAUGGCCGACAUGGGUCCGGUUCGGGGCACUCCUCCAGCCAUGGCCAACACGGGUCCAGCUCAAGUUGUUCUUCCAGCCGUGGCCAUUAUGAGUCUGGCUCAGGCCAGUCUUCCGGCUUUGGUCAACAUGAGUCUAGCUCAGAGCAGUCCUCUGGUUACAGUCAGCAUGGAUCUGGCUCAGGUCACUCCUCCGGCUACGGACAACACGGCUCUAGGUCAGGACAGUCAUCUAGGGGCAAACAACACAGAUCUAGCUCAGGUUCAUCUUCCUUCUAUGAUCAGCAUGGGUCAGGCUCCCGUCAGUCUUCGGGCCACAGCCAACAAGGGUCUGGAUCUGGCCAGUCUCCUAGCCGGGGCCGACAUGGGUCCGGUUCGGGGUACUCCUCCAGCCACGGCCAACAUGGGUCUGGCUCCAGUUGGUCUUCCAGCAGUGGCCCACAUGGGUCUGGCUCAGGCCAGUCUUCUGGCUUUGGUCAACACGAGUCUAGCUCAGGGCAGUCCUCUGGUUACAGUCAGCAUGAAUCUGGCUCAGUUCACUCCUCCGGCUAUGGACAACACAGCUCUAGGUCAGGACAGUCAUCUAGGGGCGAACGACACGGAUCUAGCUCAGGUUCAUCUUCCAGCUAUGGUCAACAUGGGUCUGGCUCCCGUCAGUCUUCGGGCCAUGACCGACAAGGGUCUGGAUCUGGCCAGUCUCCUAGCCCUAGCCAUGGCCGACGUGGGUCUGGUUCCGGGCAGUCUUCUAGCUAUGGCCCACAUGGGUCAGGCUCAGGGCGGUCUUCCAGCCGUGGCCCAUAUAAGUCUGGCUCAGGUCACUCUUCUGGCUUAGGUCAACAAGAGUCUCGCUCAGGACAGUCCUCUGGCUACAGUCAACACGGAUCUAGCUCGGGUCGUUCCACUACCCAUGGGCAACAUGGUUCUACAUCAGGACAGUCAUCGAGCUGUGGCCAACAUAGAGCUAGCUCAGGUCAGUCUUCCAGCCACGGUCAGCAUGGCUCUGGCUCAAGUCAGACUUCUGGCUAUGGCCGACAGGGCUCUGGAUCUGGCCAGUCUCCUAGUCGUGGCCGACAUGGGUCCAGUUCCAGGCACUCUUCCAGCUAUGGCCAACAUGGGUCUGGCUCCGUUUGGUCUUCCAGCCAUGGCCCAUAUGAGUCUGGCUCAGGUCACUCUUCUGGCUUAGGUCAACAAGAGUCUCACUCAGGACAGUCCUCUGGCUAUGGAUCUAGCUCGGGUCACUCCUCUACCCAUGGGCAACAUGGUUCUACAUCAGGACAGUCAUCAAGCUGUGGCCAACAUGGAGCUAGCUCAGGUCAGUCUUCCAGCCACGGUCAGUAUGGCUCUGGCUCAAGUCAGUCUUCUGGCUAUGGCCGACAGGGCUCUGUAUCUGGCCAGUCUCCUAGUCCCAGCCGACAUGGGUCUGGUUCCAGGCACUCUUCCAGCUAUGGCCAACAUGGGUCUGGCUCUGGUCGUUCUUCCAGCCGUGGCCCAUAUGAGUCUGGCUUGGGUCACUCUUCUGUCUUUGGUCAACAUGAGUCUGGCUCAGGACAUUCCUCUGCUUAUAGUCAGCAUGGAAGUGGCUCAGGGCACUUCUCUAGUCAUGGACAGCAUGGUUCUACAUCAGGACAGUCAUCAACCUUUGGCCAGGGGGGAUCUAGCACAGGCCAGUCUUCCAGCUAUGGCCACCGUGGCUCUGGCUCCAGUCAGUCUUCCGGCUAUGGCCGACAUGGGGCUGGAUCUGGCCAGUCUCCUAGCCACGGCCGAGAUGGGUCUGAUUUAGGGCAGUCUUCCAGCUAUGGCCUACAUGGGUCUGGCUCAGGACAGUCCUCUGGUUAUAGUCAGCAUGGAAGUGGCUCAGGGCAAGAUGGGUAUUCUUAUUGCAAAGGAGGAAGUAACCGUGAAGGGGGAAGUUCUGGCUCAAAUUUUCUCAGUUUUCCUAGUAGCACUUCACCCUAUGAAUAUGUCCAAGAGCAGAGGCGCUACUUUUAUCAGUGAAUAAUAAAUAUAAAUGCAAUUUACUCAAGUAGCAAUUUAAGAAAUAGGAAAGUCAUCUAUGAAUUCAUCAUGAAAGACAAGCAAUCCAUCAUGAAAUUGUUUCUAAAAGUCAAUCAAUGCAUUUCUGUCUCUUUCUUUAGAGCCUAUAACUGUAGCAUAUAUCUUGUUAUGGGGUUCCUUCCAAAGACUGUUAGGCAUUUGGGCUACUUUGUUAGAAAAUACUGAGUGGAAUAACUUGUUAGAAUGAGGGUUAAACUUUGAGGAAUAAUGAAAAGCUUUUAAAGAGCUUUGGGUUUAGUUGGAGUUGUCUUUUUGAGAGCUCAUCAUUCAAUUAUAGAUGGUGCCAAAGCUAACCUUACAUUUCUUAAAAGCAAAAUAUUACAAAUGCAUUACCAGUCCUAGAUACAAAGCUUUGUUUUACAGCAAUUAGUGUACCCUGAUUUUUAGUGUGUCCCAUGUUUGGUGUGUCCCGAUUUUUGGUAUUGUGGCAGAAGGUGAAGGCUCUGAAAGCAAAGAUGCAGCAGCGGUAGUGUCUUUACUUAUCAAAACCAUCAAGUCCCUUUUCUUGGGUAUAUCUUUAAUUAGUAAGCUAAUUAGUGGCAUAAAAAGUAGCAUCAGGGUCUUUUCCCAAACCAGUGAGCAAGAGCAUUAUUUCAUAAAGAACAGGGAUUUAUCAUUUCAGGAAAAAAAAAAACAUUCAAAUGUGGGCUUUAGCUUGUUUUCAGCAAGAAAGAUCUUGCUCCCUAUUUCUAAGAGGCUGCUCAAUAUUGGGAAACAUAUUGAGGAGUUAUUCCAUGGAAAUACAAUGCUUUCCACCUACUACUGUAGUUCAAUAACCUUUCCACCUAAAAAAAUAUCAUCCAUGCCCAGAUGAAAAGGAAGAGUAUCUGUCACUGCUAUAUAGUUCCUUAAUUUGACUGUAACAUAUUUGUUUCAAGUUUUUGGAUUCAAACAACUGGAUUGCAUUAAAAUUGACAAUAAACAAAUGUUGAUUAAAUACUAAGAUUUUUCUCAUCUGUGCUUCAUUUCACUUCUUACAUACAGAUGGUCAUCCUAGAAACCAACCCAAACAGCUAUUUCCCAAUAUUCUAUUUUUCACAAUGAAGAAUAGAUAAAGCAUUCUUAAAACUCAAUAAGACAAACUACUUCAUUUUAAAAUGAGCAAAAUUCCAUCACACUG